AUGGAGGCACAGCAGGCACUGGUGGCCUCCAAGGACGGGGAUUUGGCCACCUUGGAGCGGCUGUUUGAGGCUGGUGCCCUGAGACCAGACAUCACUGACGAUUUGGGGGCUGGCCUGGUGCAUCAUGCCACCCGGGCUGGUCACCUGGACUGUGUCAAGUUCCUGGUACAGACAGCCAAGCUGCCGAGUGACCAGCAGGCACACAACGGGGCCACACCAGUGCACGAUGCAGCAGCCACGGGCAACCUGGCAGAGCUGUGCUGGCUCGUCCGGGACGGGGGCUGCGGGCUGCAGGACCAAGAUGCCUCAGGUGUCUCCCCGCUGCACCUGGCUGCCCGGUUUGGACACCCGGCACUGGUGGAGUGGUUGCUGCGUGAGGGCCAUGCAGCCACACUGGAGACGCUGGAAGGGGCCUUGCCGCUGCACCACGCUGCUGUGAGUGGUGACCUGACCUGUCUGAAACUCCUGACAGCAGCCCACAGCAGUGGCGUGAACCAGCGGACACGCAGUGGUGCCUCUCCACUCUACCUGGCCUGCCAAGAGGGUCACCUGCAUCUGGCACAGUUCCUGGUGAAAGACUGUGGGGCCGACGUGCGCCUACGAGCCCUGGAUGGCAUGAGCUCAUUACAUGCUGCGGCGGCCCGUGGCCACUACUCUCUAGUUGUCUGGCUGGUCACGUUCACAGACAUCGGCCUGACAGCACGGGAUAAUGAAGGAGCCACUGCCCUGCACUUUGCAGCUCGCGGGGGCCACACGCCCAUUCUUGACCGCCUCCUGCUCAUGGGUGCCCCCAUCAUGAGAGAUUCCUGGGGAGGGACUCCCCUGCAUGACGCGGCCGAGAAUGGACACAUGGAGUGCUGCCAGACCUUGCUCUCCCACCAUGUAGACCCCUUCCUGAGGGAUGAAGAUGGGUAUACGGCGAUAGACCUAGCAGAGUAUCAUGGACACCAGGAUUGUGCCCAGUUCCUGCGGGAAAUGUCUCGGCCGGUGCCAGUUCUGAUGACACCCCCACCCCCACCAUUCCCACCUCCUCCACUGCUGGCUGCAGGACUCCCCCUGGAAGAAGAAAGAAGAGGGGACUCGGGACUCAGGAGCCCCUCAUCCUGGCCUGCUCAGCCUGUCCCAAGGGAACCAAUGGCCUGCACAGCCCCUCUGAGUGUCACCUCCUCAGCUGCCCUUCAGGGGCCUGAGGUGGAACCCCUGGACUCCCACGAUGGCCUGACCACUCUGCAGCUGGAUCGGUUGCCUUCAGGAGACCUUGACAUGCUGGUGCCCACCCAGGAUGAGCGAGGCCGGCCCAUCCCUGAGUGGAAGCGGCAGGUGAUGGUGCGGAAGCUGCAGGCUCGCCUGGGUGCAGACCAUCCUCCAGAAGAUCAGGACUCAGGCCCCACCCCUGCAGAACAGGCAACUUGGAGGUAUUCGCAGACUCACCAGGCCAUCCUAGGCCCCUUCGGGGAGCUGCUGACAGAGGAUGACCUUGUCUACCUGGAGAAGCAGAUCAACGACCUGCAGCUCCGGCGCCGAUGCCAGGAGUAUGAGAGCGAGCUGGGCCGGCUGGCAGCUCAGCUGCAGGCCCUCCUGCCCGAGCCCCUGGUCAGCAUCACCGUCAAUAGCCACUUUCUGCCCCGGGCUCCCGGCCUGGAUGACGAGGAAGGUCCAGCCCUGGCGCCUGAACUCGAAGCCUCCGAGGAGCCCGGGAAGGCCGAGCCCAGAGGGCAACCACUGCCCUUCUGGUGCAGCCACAUCGGUCGCCUGGUGCGCAGCAUGUCUCUGCUGCUGAAGGGCAUGAAUGGGCUGACACAGGGCGAGGAGAAGCCGCCCGCCUCGGUCCCUCAGGACCCAGGCAAGGAGACCAUGGCCGGCCCUUCUCGGAGUGAGGCCCAGCGCGAGAUCCAGGAGUGCGGAGUGUCAGUUCGAACUUUGCGGGGGAAUUUCGAAUUUGCCCCAGAUCUGCCCUGCGCCUCGAACUCGGGUCCCUGUGAGCUGGGGGCGCGGCCCGGCCAGUGUCUGAGAGGAUGCUGGUCUGCGCCGCCACAGCCCCAAAGUGAGCCGAUGGGAAGGGAGCCCCGGCCAGGCGACACGGAGGAGGCCAGCGACUCGGGCAUCAGUUGCGAGGAGGCCCCGUCAGAGGCCGGCGCCGGUCCCGGACUGGACCUGGCCAACCUGCGCAAGGAACGCAUCGUCAUGCUUUUCCUCGGCCAUUGGAAGAAGUCGGCCUACACACCCGCGCUCAGGACCGCCGCCUGCAGGACCCUGGAGGCUCAACGUGCACGAUCCAGGGGCCCCGACGCCGCGAGUAGCCCCCGGCCGCUCUCCCCGCAGCCCAGCGACGGUCCCAGGCUCGGCCACCUGUGGCAGCAGCGUGGCAUCAUCACCCACCUGCUGGGCACCUGGAAAGCCAUCAUGGCGCACGUGCCGGCCCGGCAGCUGCGGAGGCUGAGCCGCAGGGCACGCGGGCCCCUGUCCCCCGAGCAGUUCUUGCCUCACGUGGACGGUGCACCGGUGCCCUACAACAGCCUCUCGCUGGACCUCUUCAUGCUCGGCUACUUCCAGCUCCUGGAGUGCGACCUGCCAGCCGAGGAGCGCAAGAUGCGGCACUUGCUGUGCUUUGAGGUUUUCGAGCACCUAGGCGCACACGGCUGGGAGGCCGUGCGAACCUUCCAUAAAGCAGUGACCGACGAGGUGGCCGCGGGCCGCCGUGCCUGGACCGACGGUUUUGAGGACAUCAAAGCCCGCUUUUUCGGCUCCAGCCAGGGUCCCCCCUGGGACGUGGAACCGGGUCGCAAGCUGGGCCUGACACCUCUCGGUUCCUUGCCCCAUGCUGCCCUCCCUGGCAGCGGCCCCGAACCUGCAUCCCCGAGGCUGGGGUCUAAUUCUCAGCAGGGCAGCUUCAACAGCGGGGACAUCUGUGGCUACAUCGACCGCAGCUUCGCCUUCUGGAAGGAAAAAGAAGCUGAGAUGUUUAAUUUUGGAGAAUGA